GCCGACCGCUAGCCAGGCUCGCUCCGGCUGCAGCAAAGUAUUCGAACCGCUGGACGGGGAAAGGAAAGACGGCCGCACUUCCCGGAAGUCAAGGUGCCCAUGACAACGGUUCCAGGAAGGACGCGUUGCCAUGGCGCCGGCGCUCUGAGAAGUCUAGUCGUUUGGGCGCGGACCUGUCGGGAUGGAGGAGAAGCCGGACGACGUGGUGGAGGACGACGACGUGGAUUGGGAAGAGGACGGGGACGACUACGACGGGGACGGGGACGAUGCCACCGACUACGGGGACGACGAGGGAGAGGAAGAGGAAAGGGGCGCCUGGGUCUCCCGUCCAAAGCGGCCGGUGCCUACCCCCGAGGUCCGCGUGGAGGGCCAGCGGGACUCCGUAUCGAGCCUCGAGACGGAAUCGAAAUUGUCCGAAGAAGAAACCGAGGGAGAAUUUGAAGACCAGACCGAGCCUCCGACCCCGGUGGGGCCCGCCUUCUUACGUUGGACCCCCGAGGAAGUGGCUAACUGGAUAGAAUUGUUGGGCUUUCCCGACUAUAAGGAAUGCUUUACUGAAAACUUUAUCUCUGGGAGGAAGCUUAUCCAUGUAAACUGUUCAAAUCUGCCACAGAUUGGGAUCACAGAUUUUGAGCAUAUGAAGGAAAUUUCUCAUCAUGUGCGACAACUGCUGGAAAUAGAGGAGCCUUUAUUUUCCAGAAGCAUUGCUCUUCCCUGGAGAGAUAACAAGGGAUUAUUUCUUGAACAAAAAUCUCGGACAGGAAAACGAAGUGAUGUCCUCACCUAUUCGAAGUUUAUCCAGGAUGCACACUUACAGAUGUAUGAGCCAUAUUCUCCAACUCCAAGACGAGUUUCAAGUACAAAUUCAAGUUUACAUUCCGCAAAAUAAGAACUAUUGUUGUUGUAUUUACAGUGUUGUGAAUCUCUUUCCUACAUCUGAGAGGUGGUCCCCACACUCAGCAUGUAUUUAUUUAAAACAUUUCUGUGCCACUUUCCCAUCUAAAUAGGGUCUCCAAGGCAACCAACAUCAAAAUGUUGGAAUACUUCAACAACAUUUUUAAAAAGACAUGGAAAAUCAUUCAGUAAAAAAAUAAAUGUGCAUAACAACAAAA